UUGAUCUUGCAGGUUACUGACACCAUGAAUGUCUCUGAGCUACACUCCAGCUUUGCUUUUAUAAGAGAAUUUAUACUCCUAGGUUUUUCUUUUGAAUGGAAGAUUCAGGUCCUCCUCUUUUCACUCUUCACUACGACAUAUGUUCUGACCAUAACAGGCAAUGGGUCCAUUGUUUGUGCACUGUGGUGUGACAGGAAACUCCACAUCCCCAUGUACAUAUUCCUGGGGAAUUUCUCCUUUCUAGAGAUCUGGUAUGUCUCUUCUACAGUCCCCAAGAUGUUGGUCAACUUCCUCUCAGAUAAAAAGAUCAUCUCCUUUGCUGGAUGCUUCCUCCAGUUUUAUUUCUUUUUCUCUUUGGGAACAUCUGAAUGCUUCCUUUUGACUGUCAUGGCCUUUGAUCGGUACCUUGCUAUCUGCCGUCCCUUGCACUACCCCAAUAUCAUGACAGUCCAUCUCUGCACCAAACUGGUUAUCAUCUGCUGGGUUUGUGGAUUUUUGUGGUUCCUGGCCCCCAUUGUUCUCAUCUCUCAGAUGCCCUUCUGUGGUCCAAAUGUUAUUGACCACGUUGUGUGUGAUCCAGGGCCACUAUUUUCAUUGGCUUGUGCCUCUGCUCCAAGAACCCAGCUGCUUUGCUACACUCUAAGCUCAUUAGUCAUCUUUGGUAACUUCUUCUUCAUCCUCGGAUCCUACACUCUUGUCCUAUUAGCUGUGUUGCGUAUGCCUUCUGCCACUGGGAGACAUAAGGCCUUCUCCACCUGUGGGUCUCAUUUAGCUGUGGUGUCACUGUUCUAUGGGUCUCUGAUGAUCAUGUAUGUGAGCCCGGGACUUGGGCAUUCUGCGGGGAUGCAAAAAGUUGCAACUUUAUUCUAUGCCAUGGUGACCCCACUCUUCAAUCCCCUUAUCUAUAGUCUCCGAAACAAGGAAAUUAAGACAGCCCUGAGGAAAGUUCUGGGAGUUUCAACAUAA